UGCCGUCCUGCACACUGACUGUGGGAUCCACGGACACAAGCCCGAUGGGCUCCCUUCAGCACUGCCGCUGCCAGCUACCCAAGAUAGGUGACACCUGGGCCCAGCUUCCUUGGCCUGGACCUCCCCAACCAGCCAUGCUGCUGGUCUCCCUUCUUUUGGCAACUGGGGUGAUGCGCUCAGAUGCGGGAUCCAGCUGCCCGGUCCUUUGCACAUGCCAUAACCAGGUUGUGGACUGCAGCAGCCAGCGGCUAUUCUCUGUGCCCCCAGAUCUGCCGAUGGACACGCGCAACCUGAGCCUGGCCCACAACCGGAUCUCGGCCGUGCCACCUGGCUAUCUCACAUGCUACAUGGAGCUCCGGGUGCUGGAUUUGCGUAACAACUCUCUGAUGGAGCUGCCCCCGGGCCUCUUCCUCCAUGCCAAGCGCUUGGCACACCUAGAUCUGAGCUACAACAACCUCAGCCAUGUGCCCGCUGACAUGUUCCGGGAGGCCCACGGGCUGGUACACAUCGACCUGAGCCACAACCCGUGGCUGCGCAGAGUCCACCCCCAGGCCUUCCAGGGCCUGGUGCAGCUCCGAGACCUGGACCUCAGCUACGGGGGCCUGGCCUUCCUGAGCCUCGAGGCUCUCGAGGGCCUGCCGGGGCUGGUGACCCUACAGAUUGGGGGCAACCCCUGGGUGUGUGGCUGCACCAUGGAGCCCUUGCUGAAGUGGCUGCGGAACCGGAUCCAGCGCUGUACUGCCGAUUCUCAGCUGGCUGAGUGUCGGGGCCCCCCUGAAGUGGAGGGUGCCCCCCUGUUCUCACUCACCGAGGAGAGCUUCAAGGCUUGCCACCUGACUCUGACCCUGGACGAUUACCUCUUCAUCGCAUUUGUGGGCUUCGUGGUCUCCAUCGCUUCCGUGGCCACCAACUUCCUCCUGGGCAUCACAGCCAACUGCUGCCACCGUUGGAGCAAGGCCAGCGAAGAGGAAGAGAUUUGAC